CUAGUCUGUCUUUUGCACACCUACCCUAAUGAAGUUGUUGUCGUUUUGAUUUCAUGAGGCCUUUUUGUAUCUCGUCGUUGGUAAAUGACAUGAGAAGUCAAUAAUGGGGAAGAAAAAGAAACAAUUUAUCGACAAAAAAAGUGCCCAAAAAUUCAAUCUUGUUCACAGAAGUCAAAGAGAUCCAUUGCAGGCAGAUGAAGACAGUGCACAACAUGUCCUUGUUCCAGCAAAUAAAAAUCAGGAACUAAAUGAACUUGAAGGUACAUCAGCAAGUGAUGUUCAUUCUAGAGAAGAACAUUUAAAAUAUGGCAUAUACUAUGAUGAUGAUUAUGACUAUUUACAACAUUUAAAACCACGUGGAGGAGGGUACUUAAUGUUAGCAGAAGAUGUCAAUGAAACUAAAACUGAAGACAAAAGUGACAGUCGAGUUUCUUUUGGUAAUAUUUUGCUUCCACCAGAAGUCUUACCGUCAAAACAUGAAGAAGAUAUUGGAAUGCUUAAUAAAGGAGUGCUGCCGCGUGGACCGCAACCUGAUUGGGACCCCGAUAUUGUUGCUGCGCUUGAUGAUGAUCUUGAUUUAGAAGACCCUGAUAACAUAUUAGAAGACAACUUUAUGACUUUAGCAGGUGCCAAAAAUAAUGAAAAUACAUGUGAUGAUAUUAUUAUAGAGUAUGAAACAGAAUCUGAUAUAUCUAAUGGAAGUUAUGUUGACUCAGAUAAUUUACUUUCUGAUGAAGAAUUUGAUGAUUCCGAAGAAGAAACAAAAUCUCGUUUUACUAAUUAUUCAAUGACAUCGUCAAUAAUACGAAGAACAGAAGGUUUAAAACUUCUAGAUGAUAGAUUUGAGCGAAUUAUGGAAGAAUACGAUGAAAAUGAGAUUGGGUGUAUUGACCAUGAAGAUGUGACUGGCAAGUUUUCUGCUACUAAUGAACUUGUUAGUCAGGUAAUGGAUGAGUUUAUCGAUAACCAAAGGUUACAUGAACUAUCAGAAACACAAAAUCAUGAGGAAAGCGAUAAAGUAAAUGAUCAUAAUGAGGAAAAAGAGGAUGAAAGUGAUAACGAUGAAAACCUUUUUGUCCAAUUUGAAAAAAGUCCAAAAAGUCAAUGGGAUUGUGAAUCAAUCAUAAGUACAUAUUCCAACUUGUAUAAUCAUCCAAAAGUUAUAACAGAAGAGAAGAAAGUGCGUUUGCAUAAACAUACAGGCAUACCGGUGGGUGUACUGCAAGAUAAAAAGAAAAAUACUAACAAGGACGGUGUGGAAGAAACAGAAAUUAUUUCCUUAAAAAAUAUUAGAAAUAAAAAUGAAAGUGCAGAAGAAAGAAGGCAAAGGAAAAACGACGUCAAAGAACUUCGAAAAAAUAGGCGGGUGGAAAAGAAAAACAACAAGCUGUUAUUUAAAAACGAAUAUAAGAAACAGGAAAAAGCAGAGGUCAAUACUUCUAUACAAAAGGGGAUUAAAAUGUGAAUCAAACUGCAAAUUUUUUUCAAGAAAUACAGAGAUGCACGUUUGUUUAAGAAA